AUGGCGUCGAGCCGUGAUCAUCUACGGUCUGACACACUCUCACGUUUAUCUACGGCGCGAACCCCAUCUCACCCCUCUCUAUCUCUGUCCCAACCCUCAACAACCACAGCGCUCCUCCGCGACCAUGCUCUCAGCAUAGAACCCUCGACCCAGGACAAUCGCCCGGAUCUCCCUCAGGGAACCAACAACGUGCUGCCUACACAAAUCUCAGAAUCGGCUGAAGAGGAGGAGGACGCAGGCUUGUCGCUGCCUCCCUCAAAAUUACGGCAGUUUCGCCGGAGGUCGAUUAAUCGGCGGUCGAAGAAAGCGUUGUCGACCGACUGUAUACCACGACAGACAAUUCUGAAAGCCCUGGCGUCCCGGGCUUCGAUCCUCACCAAUAGCACCGAUAUUUCUCCGAGUUCCUUGUCGAGUAUGCUCGCGAAUAAAUCCACCCAGGCUUCCCCGCCUUCCGACCUCCGACAACGGCGGGGGAGCAAUGCUUCCUCCCAAAACCUCUCUACGGCACUAUCCAAUCUUCAAUUGAGCGGAUAUCUCGACCGAUCACCUGCCACGGCACGUUUAAUACUGCAAUCGCCAUGUUAUUUCCAUCAACGCUUCGAUGAUGCUGUCAACAUAAAAAAGGUGUUAGAGGAAAUCGCCGACGACGAGUGGCUGUCGCAUUCGCGACUAGUUCAGACAGCCACUGGGGUCCGUGAAGUGUCGAAGCAACUACAGCGACGACCUAUCAAACGGGCAGUGCGAAAUGUGAUGAUUGUCACUAAAGCACGUGAUAACAGCCUGGUGCACUUGACUCGGGAAGUUGCUGAGUGGCUGCUUUCGACUUCAAGAUACGGAAAUGAAUUAGGAGUCAAUGUCUAUGUAGAUGCGAAGCUGCGGAAUUCGAAACGAUUUGAUGCUCCGGGGCUAUUGCAAAAAGACCCGAUGUUUGCGCAAAUGUUACAUUUUUGGACACCAGAUCUGUGCUGGACAUCACCAGAUAAGUUCGACUUGGUGCUGACGCUUGGUGGUGAUGGUACCGUUCUUUUCACAUCCUGGCUCUUUCAGCGCGUGGUUCCGCCCGUGCUCUGCUUUUCGCUGGGCAGCCUGGGCUUCCUCACAAAUUUCGAGUUUUCCGACUACAAAUCACAGCUUAAUGCCGUUAUGGGCGAGGUGGGCAUGCGCGUCAAUUUGCGCAUGCGGUUCACAUGUACCGUAUAUCGGAAAGACCGGAGCAAGGGGGCAGAGGUGGGCGCUGUCGAGGAGGGCGAGCAAUUCGAAGUAUUGAAUGAGCUCGUCAUCGACCGCGGCCCGUCCCCCUAUGUGUCGAACCUGGAGCUCUACGCCGACGACGAGCUGCUUACAGUCGUCCAGGCAGACGGCUGUAUCUUCUCCACGCCGACUGGUUCCACGGCAUACUCUCUAUCUGCCGGAGGCUCUCUUAUGCACCCGUCCAUCCCGGGCAUCCUCCUCACCCCGAUAUGCCCACACACCCUUUCCUUCCGCCCAAUGGUCCUCUCAGACUCCCAUCUCCUCCGUAUUGCAGUCCCUAAAUCCUCCCGGUCCACCGCUUACUGCUCGUUUGACGGUAAGGGCCGCGUCGAACUCCGCCAAGGCGACUACGUGACUGUCGAAGCUAGCCAGUACCCAUUCCCGACAGUCGUUUCCAACAACAAUGAAUGGUUCACAAGCGUCCAGCGUGCUCUGCGAUGGAACACCCGCGGCGCGGUCCAGAAGAGCUGGGAUGGUGGCGAUGCCGACCCGGAUUUGAACAGUGACCCCAAUGAAGACGAACAGUGGGACAUCGAUAUGGACACCGCUCUCGCUGGUACAGAUAGCGGCAUCGGUCCCAGUGAAGAUGGGGAUGCUCUGUCGCCCAAUCCCAUGCGUCGGCAAAUGAGUUUGCUCAAUAUGUGA